AUGGUUUACCACAGGCCCGCCGACGAGGCAGAGAAGGUUGUAGCGCAUGCUCUGAACAUUGGGAUUCGGCAGAUCGACUCGGCGCCAAUCUAUGAGAACGAAGCGCCUUGCGGCGCCGCGAUCAGGAAAAGCGGCAUCCCGCGCGACCAAAUCUUUUACGUCUCCAAAGUGUGGCCGAAUCGAAUGAGCUACGAGAACGCGAAACAGGACGUCGACACCACGCUUGCCACUGCCGGUCUAGACUAUGUUGACUUGUACAUCAUACAUGCACCAUACGGUGGCAAGGAAGCUCGAUGUGGAGCGUGGAAAGCCCUGGUCGAGGCCCAACAGGCUGGCAAAGUCCGCUCGAUCGGUGUCUCAAACUAUGGCGUCCACCACCUGGAAGAGCUGAAGGAGUAUAUUGCGGAACUUGAGAAGGAGGGUGGAGAGGGUGCUGGAGGCAAGAUCAGCGUCGGGCAGUGGGAGCUUCACCCGUGGCUCGCCAGGCCAGACAUCACCGAGUGGUGCAGACGGAACGGAGUGCUUUGCCAGGCGUACAGUCCUCUCGCCCGAGGGCAACGCAUGGAAGAGCCUGUCCUUCACAAACUCGGAGAGAAGUACCAUAAGUCGCCUGCGCAGAUUCUUGUGCGCUGGAGCUUGCAGAAGGGCUUCUCUCCGUUGCCGAAGUCAGUCUCAAUGAAGCGAAUCGAGGAGAAUGCAGACGUCUUUGACUUUGAACUGACGAAGGAAGACAUGGCGGAGUUGGAUCUCAAAGAUGUAUAUGCUCCUUCGACUUGGGAUCCUACAACAUCCCAUGACUAG